AUGGUCACCGAGCAGUCCAAUCCCGUCACCCUCAUCGUCCUUGGCGGCGGUCAGCGUGGUGUUGUCUACGCCAACUAUGCUCUCCACAACCCACACCUGGCCAAGGUCGUCGCUGUCGCCGACCCGCGCGAGGCCCGCCGCAAGAUCUUUGCUCGCCAGCACCACCUCGCCGACGACAGGCUCUUCAGUGACUGGGAGGAGGUUGCCAAGCUCCCGCGCUUCGCCGACGCCGUCCUCGUCACCACGUUGGACCAGCUGCACGCGCCGGCCGUUAGCGUCUUCUCCAAGCUCGGGUACCACAUCCUGUGCGAAAAGCCCAUGGCCACCGAGAUUUCCGACUGCGUCAACAUGGUCAAGGAGAUCCAAGGCAGCGCUGGUACGAGCCCCACUGGCCACCCACUCAUCUUUGGUGUCGGUCACGUCCUCCGGUACUCGCCCUACAACCGCGCGGUCAAGGAGGUGAUCGACUCGGGCGUCCUCGGAGACAUUGUCAACAUCCAGCACAUGGAGCCCGUUGGCAACGAGCACUUUGCCCACUCGUUCGUCCGCGGAAACUGGGGCAAGGAGCACGAGACUACCUUUGCCCUCAUGGCCAAGUGCUGCCACGACCUCGACAUCCUCUCAUACUACCUCGAUGGCCGCAAGCCCAACCGCAUCUCGUCGUUUGGCUCGGUCGCGCAUUUCAAGCCCUCCAAGAAACCCGCGGCUGCCGGAGACGUCAAGCGCUGCCUCGACUGCAAGGCCGAGAAGGACUGCGUGUGGUCUGCCCAGAAGAUCUACCUCGACGCCUUGGAGCCCGACAGCAAGCGCAGGGUCGGCUGGGCCCGCGUCAUUGUCCACGACACGGACGUGACCAAGGAGAAUGUCACCCGCGCUCUCGAGGAGGGUCCGUACGGUAUCUGUGUCUACGAGGCCGGCAACGACGUGGUCGACCACCAGGUCGUCAACAUCGAGUACGACGGCGGCGUCACUGCCAACAUGACCAUGAGCGCAUUCACCGAGGCCGAGUGUGCCCGCCGCACCGUCAUCCAGGGCACACGGGGCGAGCUCGUGGGCGACAUGAACACGUUUACCGUCUUUGACUUUCUCUCACGCUCAAGCCGCACCGUCGUCCCCGACAACGGCGUGGGCGCCCACGGCGGCGGAGACGGUGUGCUCGCCGAGUGCUUUGUCGCUGCAGUGGCGAACGACGACCAGUCCCUCCUCGGUGUCACCCCCGACGACAUUCUCAACAGCCACCUCACGGUCUUUGCGGCUGAAAAGGCACGGCACGAGAACCGUGUCGUCGACUUUGACGAGUUUAAGCGCCAGGUCGUGGACAAGGCAGCAUAG